AUGUUUCAAUUAUUUGCGAAAGCUGACGAAAGCCCCCCUCUAAUACGGCCCAGGAAGCCUCUUACCUUUCUCCCUCCUAACAAAGAACAUUUGCCUGUAGUAUUGGUUGAUCUAAGCCGUGAACCUGCAUUAACCAGGAACAGAAUAUUAAAAUUCGCUAAUGAAACUUUUAACGAGCAUUCACCUCUUGUCAUUUCACCAUAUUUGUCCAAAACGUUGAAACAUAAAUUGCUGCGACCGAAGUUUGAAGAAUGCCUGGCAGAGGAACUCCAACUGAAGGAUGUGAGAAAUGAAACAUUAGAAGACAAUAGACAGAAGACAAGUUAUGUUGGUGAUGUUCAAAUCAUCGACGCUAAAUUUGCCACAAAGACUGAAAUAAGUACAAGGAUGCAAAAAUUUGAACAGUGGAAUAGUUGUGCUAGGACACGACCGAUCGUAGGGAAGAGACGGACUAACCCAAAAAUGCAAACUAAUAAUGGCUUCCGAAAAAUGACGCCAAGCAUUAAUUAUUUGAGAGACUUACAUUGCAAAGUUGUCGAGGAGAAAUGCAUCAACAGACUGUUGCAGGAUAUGAUUAUCUUCAUUGAUAGAGAGUUUCCAGCGCAGCCGAAAACACCACCUCCUCUCACACCUCCAACGCCACCUGUGAAGUAUAUUAAAAGCUUGAAAGAAAGACACAUUAAACAGUUCCUGAAUAAUAUCUCGAAAUGUCUCAGCUGCCUUCAAAAGAUGCCAUCGAGAGCUUAUGAAAUUAGGGAAAACGAUGUCAAGAUCCUCAGAGCUAUUCGCAAAAUUUCGCACUUCUUGAGCAGAAUAGAACCAUUUGUGCGGCUGCCCGAUUUCCUCAUCUCUGCUUUUUACAACUUAUACGAAACUGUUUGUUCGCGGAUAGGCAAGAGAGUUCAUUGGCCAAGCAUACCCUUCGUUUGCAAUAUUUUACACAUAUUCUCUAAAUUGCCUGAUGAGCUUAUUCUUGUUUCACGGUCCAGAGAUGUUGAACUAACAAUCAGGAAAAAUGCAUCCAAGGCUAGAGCCAGAAAUCCUCGUCAAAAUAUGGACUUCUUACCUUUCUCUGAUGCCGCUGUGAGUGCUCUUCAAGAACCAGCUACACCAUUCUACGCAUCUCAGGGGCAGUCCAACGAUUUACUUGUUGAUGUAGCAAGUGAUCCUUCAGAUAUUGCGAACUCCAUGAGAACUUAUCCUCACCCUGAAAGUUCUCAGGUGUUCGUGUAUGGCAACCCAGCGAACCAUGAAAGCAUGUUAAUGGAAGGGAGCCUAACAAAUCCUAACACAAUGUAUGACCAACCAGCGUAUGAACCUCAAAUGUAUCAGCACUCAGUGUAUGACAAUUUUAUACAUAACGGCUCUCUCCAUUUCGUCAAUGAUGGCUUCGGAGGAGUUGUUCAGCAUCAUGAUUCAUUCUCUCCAUAUAGCGAACUCGAUAUGGCGUUCCAGAUAAAUUCUGAAUUCCUUUUCUCGAGUUCCGCAAAUUCGUUUCGCAAUAAUAUGGGAAAUCAGGAAAACCUAUCGUAA